AUGGAAUCGAAUGGUGUUCUAUUAGCCCUAAAAGCAAAAUUAUUAGGAUAUAAACUUGGUAAAGCUGCUGGUAUUGCAGCUGGUUUAAAAAAAGGUGCUAUAAUCGGUGGAAUCGGUGGUUAUAGUUUAGGUCAACAAGGUGGAUAUGGAUCUGGUAAAGUUAUACGAUUAUAUACAAAUCCAAUAUACAGUUAUGAUCCAAGACCUAUUCCUGCAUAUGGACAUGGUGGAAUAGGUGGAUUUGGUUAUGGUGGUGGUGGAGGAGGAGGAUAUGGUUAUGGUGGACAUAUUGGACCAGUUGUUAAAGUUCUUCAUAAACAUUUACCAGAACCACCAAAAAUUGUUAAUGUUUUUCAUCAUAACCAUCACCACCAUGGUCAUUACGGUGGUGGUGGUUUUGGUGCUGAUGAUAUUGCUACCAAUAGUAUUGGUGAUAUUAGUUUUGGUGGCAGUGGUGGUGGCGGUAGUGUUAAAAUUCUUAAAAUACUUCAUGAAGAUACUCCAUUAGGAGGUGAUCAUCAUCACCAUCAUGAUAAUAUCGGUUUUCCAGCAGAAAAACAAAUUAAUGUUGUUAAAGUUAUACAAGAAGAAGAUCACGGUGCUGAAAGUGCUGAUCAUAGUUGGUCUUAA